AUGGCACGCUCGGAUGAAGAGUACAGCGACGCAGCGUCGGUCGACGACCUGGACGAGAACCUCGAGGAGGAAGACGAAGACGAAGAUGACAUCGUCGACUCUCGAACGGCCAGCAGUCGACGGAAGGAUCGAGACCGAGGCGGCAAGAGCAGAAAGAAGAAGAAAAGGAAGCAGCAUGGAGGUGCGGAGUGGGAAGUAGCAAGGACGUGGGAGACACUGGUAGAGGGUGCGGAUGGGACCAUCACUGCCACUGUCGACGGUCUUCUCGAAGCCGACAAGAGGAAGAGGUUGCUCAGGGAUACUACACCGCUACAGCGAGGUAUCAUACGGCAUAUGAUACUCGUCCUCGACCUCUCCUUUGCCAUGGCGGAGAAGGACCUGCGUCCGACCAGAUACCUUCUCACUCUCAGAUACGCGCAAAAGUUCGUGCAAGAGUUCUUCGAGCAGAAUCCCAUUUCGCAGCUGGGCAUCAUGGGCAUGAAGGAUGGUAUAGCCGUGCAGAUCAGCGAAAUGAGCGGUAACCCAACCGAACAUAUGUUGGCUCUCCACGCCUUGCGGGCAGAAGACCCAAAGGGCCUACCAAGUUUGCAAAAUGCUCUCGAGAUGGCCAGAGGAUCUCUAUACCACACCCCAUCCCACGGCACCAGGGAAGUUAUUAUUAUUCUUGGGGCCCUCCUCUCAUCGGAUCCGGGUGAUAUUCACCAAACGAUCACUUCUUUGGUGGCAGACAAGGUACGGGUAGGCAUAAUUGGUCUAGCCGCCGACGUAGCCAUAUGCCGUGAAAUAUGUGCCAAAACAAACGAUGGCAAUGACUCCAGUUACGGCGUGGCUAUAGAUGAGAAACAUCUAUGGGACCUCCUGCUAGACGUCACCACUCCACCAGUAACGUAUUCGCAACGCUACUCCUCUAACUCCUUGCUCAUGAUGGGUUUCCCUUCACGCACUGUAGAGCCCUUCCCUUCGCUCUGUGCAUGCCACUCCAAACCCGUUAGAGGCGGCUAUAUGUGUUCGCGGUGCGGCAGUAAAGUGUGUUCUUUACCUGCCGAAUGCCCAACAUGCAACCUCACACUCAUCCUCUCCACCCACUUGGCGCGAUCAUACCACCAUCUUUUCCCAUUGAUAAAUUGGGUUGAGGUUCCGUGGAAAAGGGCCUCAAGAAGUGUCAGCUGCUUUGCUUGUGGCAAUCCUUUCCCUGCUGUGCCUCCUCGAGAUAAAUGGGACAUGCGAGAUAGGUCCAUCAAGGGCAUGUCCGUCAGCAGCAGGUAUGAAUGUACAGUUUGCCAUCACCACUUCUGCAUUGACUGCGACGUCUUUGCUCAUGAAGUUGUACAUAACUGUCCCGGCUGUCAAAGCGGCAAACCCCUGGAUGAAGACUCUAGCUCUAACCCAGCAACAAAGCCCCAGCCUCAUACAAACGGACACACUCUCUCUCAACUUGCCGAAAAUGGUGACGCAAUGGAUACCGGCUAA